CUUUAACUUAACUGAGCAGCCAAUCCGCUGGUACACUCACCUCCCCUUCUACCCAGAGUCACUGCUGCGGCCGCCGCCAUUUUAGCGUUUUGUCAGAAGCGUCUGCGCCGCGAGGAAGAGCCCCUGCUGAUUUCCGUGCGGGCUGUGUCGAGAUGGUGAAGCUGUUCAUCGGAAACCUGCCCCGGGAGGCCACAGAGCAGGAGAUCCGCUCACUCUUUGAGCAGUAUGGGAAGGUGCUGGAAUGUGACAUCAUCAAGAACUACGGCUUUGUGCACAUAGAGGACAAGACGGCGGCCGAGGAUGCCAUCCGCAACCUGCACCACUACAAGCUGCACGGGGUGAACAUCAACGUGGAAGCCAGCAAGAAUAAGAGCAAAACCUCCACAAAGUUGCAUGUGGGCAACAUCAGUCCCACCUGUACCAACAAAGAGCUUCGGGCCAAGUUUGAGGAGUAUGGUCCAGUCAUUGAAUGUGACAUCGUGAAAGAUUAUGCCUUCGUACACAUGGAGCGGGCGGAGGAUGCAGUGGAGGCCAUCAGGGGCCUUGACAACACAGAGUUUCAAGGCAAACGAAUGCACGUGCAGUUGUCCACCAGCCGGCUUAGGACUGCGCCCGGGAUGGGAGACCAGAGCGGCUGCUAUCGGUGCGGGAAAGAGGGGCACUGGUCCAAAGAGUGUCCGAUAGAUCGUUCGGGCCGAGUGGCAGACUUUACCGAGCAAUAUAAUGAGCAAUAUGGAGCAGUGCGUACACCUUACACCAUGAGCUAUGGGGAUUCGUUGUAUUACAACAACGCGUACGGAGCGCUCGAUGCCUACUACAAGCGCUGCCGUGCUGCCCGGUCCUAUGAGGCAGUGGCGGCUGCAGCUGCCUCUGCGUAUAAUUACGCAGAGCAGACCCUGUCCCAGCUGCCACAAGUCCAGAACACAGCCAUGGCCAGUCACCUCACCUCCACCUCUCUCGAUCCCUACGAUAGACACCUGUUGCCGACCUCAGGAGCUGCUGCUGCUACAGCCGCUGCUGCUGCAGCAGCCGCUGCUGCUGUUACCGCAGCUUCCACUUCAUAUUACGGGCGGGAUCGGAGCCCCCUGCGUCGCGCUACAGGCCCAGUCCCCACUGUUGGAGAGGGCUACGGUUACGGGCAUGAGAGUGAGUUGUCCCAAGCUUCGGCGGCCGCGCGGAAUUCCCUGUACGACAUGGCCCGGUAUGAGCGGGAGCAGUAUGCGGAUCGGGCGCGGUAUUCAGCCUUUUAAGGCUUGAGGUGGGAUGUGUGUGGGCUGAAAUUCCGAGCUGCGGUUGUGCAUGAGAAUACACCCUUCGUGGUACCCCAUCUCCGGGACGUUCUCGGCUCUGUACGUUCAGUCCCUCAGGAACCGUGGACCUUAAU